AUGACAGACUCCCAAUACGAUUACAUUGUGUGCGGCGGAGGCACAUCCGGCUGUGUGGUUGCAGCCCGUCUUGCCGAAGAUCCCUCUCUUCGUAUCCUCCUGGUCGAAGCUGGUGCGCACAAUGAGCAUCUCGAGAACGUUCACAUGGUCGGUGGAUGGUCAAAGAACUUCGAUACUCCUCAGGAUUGGAACAUUGUCACGGAGCCGACACCAGGAAUUGACAAUCGACAAGUCAAAGUCAGUAGAGGCAGGUUUCUUGGUGGCAGCAGUGGUGUCAACGGUACGCUCUGUAUCCGAGGAACAGAACAGGACUAUGAUGAUUGGGGAUUGGAAGGGUGGAGUGGAAAGGAAAUGUUUGAGGCCAUGAGAAAGGUGACCAUCUACAUUCGAGGCGAUGAGGUGGUGCUGACAAGGACGGUAGNNUCUGAGACGUUCCACAACAAAGACUGGUUCGAAGCCAGCGAAGGUGCGCACGGUACCGAUGGACCACUACACAUCGAGCCUCAUGACUUGGCAGCAAUCUCGAAAAAGCUGCUUGACUCAUUUGAGAGUCAUGGUAUGCCUCUUCACCCCGACAUGUUCACCACUGGAGAGACAGCUCAGGGUUGUGGACAUGCUCCUCGUACUGUGUACCAAGGACUGAGAACUACUGGUGCCGACUUUGUUACGAGGGACCAACAAAAGGCCAACAUUGAAAUACUGGUCAACACAGUUGUGGACAAGAUCGGAUUCCAGGAUGUCAACGGACAGAUGACGGCUCGCAGUGUCGAUUUGAUGGGGCCAGACGGCACACGAAAGACAGUGCAGGCAAAAUCUGAGAUCAUCAUAUCUGGCGGGGCAUACUGUACUCCUCCAAUACUUCUUCGCUCUGGUAUCGGGCCACGCACAGACCUAGAGAGAAUGGGCAUCGAGUGCUUAGUGGAUGCACCUGGGGUCGGACAAAAUUUGCUUGACCACCUCAUCGUCUUUGUGUUCUACGAAACCGAACAAGCUGGAUUGACAACCGACCACCAUGUCUACCACGGAAACAGCCUCCAGACGACAUAUGCUCAGUGGCAGAAAGAGAAGACAGGUUUCCUCUCCACAUUCCCAUUUGGAGCUUUCGCUUUUGCUCGACUUGACGAAAGACUGAAGGACGACUUAACUUGGCAAGAAGCGAUGAAGGGGGCCGAGCCAGGCAGAGAUGCCAUGGGUCUGACCAAGAAUCAACCCAACGUCGAGUAUUUCACUACAGAGUGUUAUGNNGGUAAGACUAUCGAGCUGCAUGGGAACAUGAGAACUUUGGCUGACCAGAUAUACAGAGGCCCGAAGCAGUAUGCGGAUUUUCCGAUCGACAACAAGCACGCCUUCGCCAUGAUCACAGAACUAUUCAGCCCAAGAUCGAAAGGAACGGUUGUGUUGAAAUCGAAGGAUCCCCUGGAUAACCCUAUUGUGGACCACAACUAUCUUUCACACCCACUAGAUCUGCUAGUUCUGACAGAGGGUGUACGUAUGGGCAACGAAGUGGUUAUGCUGGGCAAAGGCACAAAGGACAUUGUGAGGGGGUCCUGGCCAGCAGGAACAGCAAAGAUGGGCAAGGCAUCAGACAGAAUGGCUGUGCUAGACGAGAAGCUCCAGGUACGUGGCGUCAAGGGACUAAGAGUCGCAGACUGCUCCGUUAUGCCGACUUUGCAUGGCGGCCAUACUCAAAUGCCAGCAUACGGCAUUGGUGAGCAGUGUGCCAAAUUCAUUAGACAAGAUGCCAGGGCAACAUCGAACGAGCUGGAGAGGAUGGACAGUGCCAUGCAGGUGGAGAAACAGGAUCUGAAGUGA